AUGCACCCUCCUCUCCGUCCCGCACCCCCGUCGUCCCCUUCUUCACCCCCCCCCGCACAGCGGCCCGGAUCCCCGCCCCUUCUCGCGCUGGCGGGCGUGGAGAUCGGCUCCGGCGGGCCGAGUCGCGCUGGCGGGCGUGGAGAUCGGCUCCGGCGGGCCGAGUCGCGCUGGCGGGUGUGGAGAUCGGCUUCCGUGGUCUGCGCGAGAUUGACGACGUCGAUGCCCUACCGGCGAAAAUGGAGGUUUCGGGAGGAUCAACGAGCUCGUGGCAGGGUCCCCCUCCAGAGCGAGGAUGUCAAGCUCAUCACCGUCGACGACCCUUUCAUCACCACGGACUACAUGGCCAAAUUUGUGUUGCCUGUUUAUGCCCUUGAAGUAUGGAUACAGAGUUACUCGAUGCUGAAAUGCUCGCACUCUGCGCCGCUGAAGCGUCCGAGAGCUCGGUUCGCGAGGCUGAGCGCAGAGAUUGAGGCCGCGGGGAAGGCACCGGCGGAGCCCAAGCCAAGGGUCGAGCGGAUCUGCGCCAUGCGAGCAUCCCCAAUUCGCACCAAGACAGCGAGGGUCGAAUGUCCCAGCGAGAGGAAGAAGGCACUGACCACGCCGCGGAGCAAGGCCGUUCGACCGAGGCAGGAGCUGUUCCACAGCGUGAAGCACCAGAAGGAGCCGUUGGCCGCUGCAGCUAGGAAAGGGACGGUCGUCAAGUCUCUAUUCAUGAGCACGACGCCAAAAAAGGAACUGGUCCAGACGCCAGCGGCAGACAAGAGCAAGGGGGCGGUGUCCGAGGUCUGUUCGAAGCUGAGGAAGCUGAACUUGGCGUGCCGGGAGGUGCCGAGCAAGUACAUGUCUCAGCCUCAGCCGAAGAAUACGAAGACUGCCAAGAAGAGUGAAGAGACCACGGUGGCCAAGAGCGAGAAGCGGGGGCUGGAAUCCAAGACCAAUGCCAAGAAGAAAAUUUUAGGACGCUCAAUGAAGCGUGCUAAUGCCGGACCUGAUGGAGAGAACCGAAAUGGUUGCAGCACUGCUGUAGACGAGAACUCGCUUGUAGAAACUGCUGGCUCCCAUCAGGAAAGGAAGGUUGUGCUGCAGGAAUUGAGAAUCGAGGUGGAUGCAUCGCGAUGUGGCAAUUCAGAUGACAACAAGGAGAAUGUGUCCAGUGCUCCGAGUGAAGAAGCAUUGGACAAUUCAUCACAUUAUGGAAGUGAAAACAGACUGUUGGAGAACAAUGAUAAUGUUCCUCUGAAGGAGAAUGUUGCUCUGAAGGUGGCCAAAUUGCAGAAGAAAGUGCAUCAAGAGCAGGCAGGAAAGCUCAAGAAAACCACCAAUCCUAGGGUCUUAUGGGAUGGGUGGUCUUUGUUGAAGCAACUGAAGCCCAAUACGCAUUCAAAAAACUACUAUAUACACGAUAUAAUACGUAAUUUUGCCAGUGGUGUGAUGCGGACUGGAGCAUCACCAAUUCACCUCUCUAUUGUAUCUAACGGCAGUUAUGGCCUCAUGGAGUCAUGGGCGCGGGUUCUAGAUUUUUUUGCUAAUGUUGGGGUUGUCAGUGGAAACGUUUGUGAAAAAGAUUCAGUUAUGGAUGUCCCAAUAUUUGACAAGACUCCAAAAUCAAAUGCUCCCACAACCGACAAGCGUGCUGUUUCUGAAUUAACCCCACCCAUAAAUAUUGAAGGACAAAAUACUGUUAAACAUGAUACUCCCACAUCUGGUGCACCACAGUUUGACAGAACCCCAUUGACAGAAUUGCUGAACCUCCCCACGUAUCACGUGAAGAAUGUGCUCGCCAACUAUUUAAGUUCAUUUGUUCAGGACAACUAG